AUGUACAGCCCGUACAUGGACUUGGGGAAAGGAUUCUACACGGCACGACCGUCAACCAUCAGCGAUCGCAAUCAAUACAAUGACCUUCUGCGCGCUGAAAAUGAAUCUUUGAGAGUCCGAGUGACGGAGUUGGAGAAAAUCGUGGACAGGCAGCAAAGUGAACUGAUGCUUCUGCAAACCACAUCGGCGGACCUACUGCGACGAAUGGCCAAACUUGAGAUAUCGUCAUCACCCGCGAACAAUGGUAUCGGCAGCCCUAGUUCAAAGGCAUCACCAAAGGUGACGGCCCGCCUGCCACCACGAAAUAUCUCACAAUCUUCUUACAACAUCGCCAAGACAGCUAGUCCAUCCAGAAAUGGCCUAUCACGGAGUCUCCACGUUCAUAAUUCCAGGGAAGCAUGCAUUGAUGAGAAUCCAGGACCUCAGGUAUCUCCUGCGUCACUGAAAAGACAAACGUCGGCAGCCAUAGUCAAUGUAUCAGUUGGGAAGAGCUCGAGAGGUUCACCGUUACGUAAGUGGAUGUCACAUCAAAAUGUAAAAGGCUCACCCACAUCAGGCGCUCCUCUGGGAGAUCUCUCUGUAAGUGGACGGACCACCCCAUCAGUGUGUUCGCCUUCACGCAAUCUGUCAUCAUGGACCGUAUCUAGAAGUGUUUCGUGCAAUACUCGAGAGCCGAUAUUCAAUGCAUCAUCACAUGUGCUUCAAUUACAAGUGGCAGGGCGGUCGGUGGCAGUUCCUGUACCGGAAUCUAUAGAGAAUAUAGAUCCAGCCGCUGAGCAACCACCUCCUGAUUGCCCACCUCCUCAAAUUGAAUGGGCAUACGAAGGGAAUCUACAAGACCGAAUUUUCUCAGGUGGAAAUCUACUUGCUUGCACCGAUGAAUCCUAUACACACUUAUUAUCAGUAUGGAAAUGGUCUGAUGAGGUCAAAUUAGCUGAGGCCAAGGGCGCGAAUGACCAAAUCUUCGCGGUUAGCUGGCAUCCAUUGGUAAGGAAUCUAAUCGUGAUGUGUGGCCGAGGACACUUCUCAUUUUGGCAAUUCGACGCGAAGAAUGAGACGCUCACGAAGAACGUGGCCAUUUUUGAGGGCAGAGAUAAGCCGAAAACACUUCUCUCAAUGUGUUUCUCGGAGACGGGCGACGUGAUCACGGGUGAUUCAAAUGGAACACUCUCGCUAUGGGAUCCCAUCACGUUCAAAACCAAAAAGCAGGUAAGCGCGUUAGAGAAACGCAGCAGGAAAGUCAUCAGAAAACAAAAUAUAUGA